ACCAGUUGCCGGGAUCACUGCGCACACCAGCAAAAUGUCGUCAGAAAUGGCAGCCGAGGGGGAUAAACUUUGGGGAGGAAGAUUCAGUGGAAGCACAGAUCCAGUCAUGGAGAUACUCAACGCUUCCAUUACCUAUGACCAGAGGCUGGCUGAAGUUGAUAUCCAGGGGAGCAUGGCUUAUGCCAAAGCCUUGGAGAAGGCUGGGAUCCUAUCUAAAGCUGAGCUGGAGAAGAUCCUGAGUGGCUUGGAAAAGAUCUCUGAGGAAUGGUCUAAAGGAGUCUUCGUGGUGACCCAAACUGAUGAGGAUAUCCACACUGCCAACGAACGCAGACUAAAGGGAAUCCGCUCUGCAGGAUUGCUUCCUGGCGUAUGUCACAUUCUGCUCUGCCUGACUGUGGCUGGUCUCCUCCAGGUUGUGACUGACUUGAAGCUCUUCAUGAAGAAUUCCCUUUCUCUCAUCUCCACUCGCCUCCUGCAGCUCAUUAAGACCCUGGUGGAACGCGCUGCCAUAGAAAUUGAUGUUAUCUUGCCUGGCUACACCCACCUGCAGAAAGCUCAGCCCAUCAGAUGGAGCCAGUUCUUGCUCAGCCAUGCUGUUGCUCUGACUCGUGAUUCUGAGCGCCUAGGAGAGGUGAAGAGGAGGAUUAACGUCUUGCCUUUGGGAAGCGGUGCUCUGGCUGGCAACCCACUGGAAAUUGAUAGAGAGCUUCUGCGUAGUGAGCUGGACUUUGCUUCCAUCAGCCUGAACAGCAUGGAUGCCGUUAGCGAGAGAGACUUUGUGGUGGAAUUUCUCUCUGUGGCCACCCUGCUGAUGAUCCACCUUAGCAAGAUGGCAGAAGAUCUCAUCAUCUACAGUACCAGCGAGUUUGGCUUUCUAACCCUCUCUGAUGCUUACAGCACUGGCAGCAGCCUGAUGCCUCAGAAGAAGAACCCCGAUAGUCUGGAACUGAUCCGCAGCAAAGCUGGUCGCGUGUUCGGACGGUUGGCUGCUAUUCUCAUGGUUCUCAAAGGACUUCCAAGCACCUACAACAAGGAUCUACAGGAGGACAAGGAGGCUGUCUUUGACGUUGUGGACACCCUGAAUGCUGUGCUCCAGGUUGCCACUGGAGUGAUUUCUACCCUCCAGAUCAACAAGGAGAACAUGGAGAAGGCUUUGAGCCCUGAGAUGCUGUCUACUGAUCUGGCACUCUACUUGGUUCGUAAAGGAAUGCCAUUCAGACAAGCCCACGCUGCCUCUGGGAAGGCUGUCCACCUUGCCGAGUCUAAAGGCACCACCAUCAAUAAUCUCAGCCUGGAUGACCUGAAGAGCAUCAGCCCCCUGUUUGGCAGCGAUGUCUCCCAGGUCUUCAGCGUUGUCAACAGCGUGGAGCAGUACACGGCCAUGGGCGGUACUGCCAAGAGCAGCGUGACUGCCCAGAUCGAGCAGCUGAGGGAGCUGCUGAAGAGGCAUAAGGAACAAGCUUAGAGUGUGGGGAGAUAUCCCGUGGAUGCCACGUUGUG